GUCGGUUGUAGUCAGCCGCAGCUUGCGUCAGUUUGCCUUUGCGGUGCUGUCUGGUCUUCUCCCAGCCCCGACGAGGAGAGGAGGCUGCCUGCUGAGCUCGGGGUCGGCAGCGGGGGCUGGACGGGCGUCCGCGAGGCUGUGCUGGCUGCGUUAGGGCUCCGCACGGCCCGUCUGCUCGGGUCCCCUUGCAGGAAGAGGGACCAAGCCAGGUCCUGUGUCUUAGGUGCUGCUGGAGUGCCAAAAUGUUUGAUAUAAAAGCAGAAGGUGACCCGGCAGAUAAAAGCUUAACAGGUUUUGGUCAAUUCCAGCUUAUUUGAUCUUGGGGAGAGUGAGUACAGGUGGGCCAGAGAUGCCCCAGGAGAAGAGAUCUGCUUCCUUAAUCCAGAAGGGCCAAACUGGACCUUCAGGAGGAAAGGCAGUACCAGCAAGGCCUGCUAAAUCUGUAUCCAAAAAACGGGAUGAAGAUGCGUCCACUGAAAUGGGAGAAGGGCUCGAUGAAUGGGCAGCAGCAAAGACUCUUAUCAAACCCCCAGAUCAACUGGAGUUGACAGAAGCUGAAUUAAAAGAGGAAUUUACACGCAUCCUGACAGCCAAUAAUCCCCAUGCUCCCCAGAAUAUUGUCAGAUACAGCUUUAAAGAACGAACAUACAAGCCAAUAAGCUAUGUGGAUCAAAUGGCCAUUCACUUCUCUUUGAAUGGAAACAUGAUACUCAAAGAUUCAGAUGAAGGCAGAUGUCAGAAUGCCAGAUUAAGCACUGAAGCAGAAAAGCCCCCUGUUGAAGAUUCUAAAAUAAUAUCUGAAGAAGCAGAGAUUAAAGAUGAAGAAAGCACAGAAGAUAUACAGGCUGCAGGGGAGGAAGAGGCAGAGGAGACAGGAACAGCAGAAGCAGCUGAAGCAGCAGAGGCAGAAGAGCUUCCUCCCCCAAGACCAAAGGAGCGCAAGCUCGCAAACCAGUUCAACUUCAUCGAGAGAGCUUCAAAGACGCUCAACAACCCCUUGCGGGACAGAGCGUGUCAAUCGGAGCCUACGCCUUGUAAAAAUUUUUCAGCCACUGCUAACCAGUGGGAGAUCUAUGAUGCCUAUGUGGAGGAGCUUCAGAAAAUGGAAAAGUCCAAAGAGAAAGAAAAACCAAGAGCCCAUAUAGCAAAGAAAGAAGAGAAGAGGAGGGGAAGAAAGUCAACUUCCCUGGAGUCGCAGAGUGAUGAUAUAACCAAGGUCUCAAAGGCUGCCAAAAUAAUGGAGCGGAUGGUGAAUCAGAACACAUUUGAUGACAUUGCACAAGAUUUUAAAUAUUUUGAGGAUGCCUCCGAUGAAUAUAGAGACCAGCAGGGAACCCUCCUCCCUCUCUGGAAGUUCCAGUAUGACAAAACCAAGAGACUUGCAGUUACUGCCAUCUCCUGGAAUCCGAAGUACAAGGACCUUUUUGCAGUGGGAUAUGGCUCUUAUGACUUCAUGAAGCAGAGCCAGGGCAUGCUCCUGCUGUACACCAUGAAGAACCCCUCCUUCCCUGAGUACAUCUUCAGCAGUGAGAGUGGCAUCAUGUGUCUGGACAUCCACAAUGACCACCCUCACCUCGUGGCAGUGGGCUUUUAUGACGGCAACGUGGCCAUCUACAAUCUGAAGAAGCCAAGCUCCCAGCCCAGCCACAAGAGUAGUGCCAAGUCGGGAAAGCACAUGGAUCCAGUGUGGCAGGUCAAGUGGCAGAAGGAUGAUAUGGACAACAAUUUGAACUUCUUCUCUGUUUCCUCAGAUGGGCGGAUAGUGUCGUGGACUUUAGUUAAGAAUGAGCUGGUUCAUACAGAUGUCAUCAAGCUGUCAGUAGAGGGAACAACGAUGCAGGGGCCAGAGGGGCUACAGCUGCAAACGUUUGGCUGUGGGACAUCAUUUGAUUUUCACAAAAAGAUAGACUAUUUGUUUCUCGUUGGCACUGAAGAAGGGAAGAUCUAUAAGUGUUCCAAAUGCUAUUCAAGCCAGUUUCUGGAUGUGUUUGAAGCCCAUCACAUGGCUGUGGAUGCGGUCAGCUGGAAUCCCUACCAUAUGAAGGUCUUCAUUUCCUGCAGCUCUGACUGGACAGUCAAGAUCUGGGAUCACACCAUCAAGACUCCGAUGUUUAUUUAUGACCUGAAUUCUGCUGUUGGGGAUGUUGCCUGGUCCCCUUACUCCUCCACUGUCUUUGCUGCAGUCACCACUGAUGGCAAGGCCCAUGUGUUCGAUCUGAGUGUUAAUAAGUAUGAAGCUAUAUGCACCCAAGUAGUGGUGGCCAAGAAGAAAAACAAAAUAACCCACAUCCAGUUUAACCCUGUCUACCCUGUUGUCAUCAUUGGAGAUGACCGAGGCCACGUUACCUGCCUGAAGCUCUCUCCCAACCUGCGCAGGAUGCCCAAGGAGAAGAAAGGCCAGGAGGUUAAGAAGGGCCCCGAGGUGGAAAUCGCAAAGCUGGACAAGCUGCUCAACCUGGUGCGCGAGCCAGCCGGCCAGGCGGGGCGGUGAGCGGCGGAGGCGGCAGCCCCUCGGGCCGAGCGGGACGCCGGGCCCCGGCGGCGGGCCGGGCAAACAAGCCCGCCUUUGACCAGCACCUGCUUGUCAUGCAUGCCGUGGCCCGCGCUCUGCCCGGUGGGAACGCUUCGCCUCCGUGCCCAGACGAAUAAACAGCGCUGCUGAAAAGUC